AUGAGGGUGGUAAUGUAUAGAUUGAGGCAGAAUGAGGAUAUAAACAUUUCAGCAACAAGAGUAUUACAGAUCCAGCCAUACGGUAGCAAUGGAAUGGAGUAUAUUGCAGUAACAGUAAUGCAGCUUGAUCCACAGGACUUUCAAAUUAAAUAUCCACCAUGUGGCAGACACCCCACAGGCUGGAGACCACAAAAACCCAGGACCACCAAGGCACACAGGGAGGCGGAUACCUUCCAAGAUGCAAUAGCAGUGGCACAUCACUCGUCACAGGUACUCAAGCAGGAACUGGUUGAGCAUGCAGAUGUCAAUGCUCUGGAACCACUAGACUUUGGGAAACCAAUGGAUAAAGAUGACCAGCAAGAAUGGGACGAGGAGCCAGGGUACUCUCAUUAUCGCAGCAAGACUUGCCUGAGAGAGACACAUUGUUUACUGGACAACAUAAUCCAAGUCUGGAUGAAGCUGCUGAAGGAGAUUUUAGCAAAGACAAUAAGUUCUUCACACAUCUUGGAAGAAGAGGAGGAGGAGGAGGAGGAGGAGGAGGAGGAGGAGGAGGAGGAGAAGGAGGAGGAGGAGGAGAAGGAGGAGGAGGAGGAGAAGGAGGAGGAGGAGGAGAAGGAGCAGGAAGGGGAGCAGCUAUACGUUCAAGAUGUCCUCAAUGAAGUCCUCCACAUUCCUCUUGAUGAUACAUUAAACUUUUCAGAUUCUGUCCUCAAAGAAUUCUGUAACACCAUCACCCAGGCUGCCCAAAACAAUCCUGGCCAUGAGUAUCCAGGCUUGACAGACUUUGCCUGUACAGUUCCUACAGUGCUCAAAUGGCUGGGCCUCUCAAUGGACAACUUCAUCAUCCAUCUAUGCUUGUGUGACAUUUGCUGGGCUGUCCAUCAUCCCUCCACUCUAGCUGAACUCGAUUCACCAUCCUGCACUGUUGAAGACUGCCCCGGAACCAUCUACAAGGAGAAGUGGCUUGCAGGUGGCAAGAUCAAGAGAGCUCCUAUCAAGUUUCUUCUACCCAUGGCCAACGUUUAUGAUGGAUGGGGCUGGCAAGCUAUUCAGGCAGGACUCGAGAGGCAACACAGAGGAGAGUUUGGCAUACAAGACAUAGACAUGCACAAGCUCAAUCAGCAGUUUGUUUCCUUGCCAUGUGGCCGUGUCCUUCAAUUCAACAUCAACUGGUAUGUUCUACAUCCAUUCCCUAUCAGUGCAUACUAUGUUGUAAUUUGCAACAACCCGCACUCUAUUCAUUACCUCACUGAAGAAAUCAUACUCAUCAUGGUCUUACCCGGUCCACACAAGCCCACUCUACAGCAGCAGAAUAAUGUCAUGGACGAAUUUGUCAACAGCAUCCAUUGA